AUGGGUCCGCCGAGGGGCCUGCCAUCGCGAUCAAGGAGCGGAGGCGCGACCUCGAGGACGGGUCUGAGAGAGGUCUCAGGUGCUCAAGAUUUGAGGCCAGUUCUUAACGUGCAUUCUGCUGGACGGCGGGCGGAUCCCGAUGCACCGGGAAAGUAUCUUAGUUCACUCAAAUGCUUGACGUCGGCCCUGCCUCAGACCUAUGCCCUCUGCAACCCCUCAUUCCGAUACGAGUCAUCUGAUAAUCCACGUCGAGUCCUCACCAAGCCAAGCAAGCCAGCUCAUAACGAUGGUGCGGACAAUGAGGACUGGGAUUACAUACUCUAUGUAAAUGAUGUGUUGGGCGGCGAAAGUGGUGGCGAUCGAUAUCUCAUUCUCGACGUUUUGGGCCAAGGCACAUUUGGUCAAGUCGUCAAGUGUCAGAACAUGCGAAAUCAUGAGAUCAUGGCUGUCAAGGUGGUCAAGAACAAGCCAGCGUAUCUAAAUCAAUCGAAAAUGGAGGUCGCCAUUCUUGAGCUGCUCAAUACUCAAUGGGAUCCGCAAGAUCAGCACCACAUCCUCCGAAUGGUCGAGCAUUUCACGCAUAAGAAUCACCUGUGCCUAGUCUUCGAAUGCCUCUCGUCCAAUCUCUACGAGCUCAUCAAGCAGAACCAAUUUAAGGGCUUGAGCACGCAGCUGGUAAAGGUGUUUACUCAGCAGCUUUUGGACUGUCUCUCGGUACUCAAGGACGCGAGAUUGAUACAUUGCGACCUCAAGCCGGAGAACAUUCUCCUGAAAUCAUUGCAAUCACCGCAAGUCAAGGUCAUCGACUUUGGCAGUGCCUGUCACGAAAUGGCCACCGUAUAUACCUAUAUCCAGUCUCGUUUUUAUCGGUCCCCAGAGGUCUUGCUUGGUCUGCCAUACUCGGCUUCAAUCGACAUGUGGUCUUUGGGCUGUAUCGUGGUAGAGCUGUUCCUUGGUCUCCCCCUUUUCCCGGGAACCAGCGAGUAUAAUCAGGUCUCGCGCAUUGUGGAUAUGCUGGGCAAUCCACCCGGACAUUUGCUCGAGGUUGGCAAGCAGACGCACGAGUUCUUCAACUACACCGGUACCGAUGCGUUUGGCAAGAAGCAGUAUGUCCUCAAAUCGAUGGACCAAUAUGCAACCGAGCAUCGGACUAAGGAGCAGCCGAGCAAGCAGUACUUCAAACAGACAAAGCUACAAGAUAUCAUUCUCGAAUACCCCUUUGCGAAAAAGAAUCCGAAACAGAGUGACAUUGACAAGGAAAUGGCAAAUCGCCGGGCAUUCAUUGAUUUUGUCGAGGGCCUCCUCAAUCUUGACCCAAUACAGCGAUGGUCGCCUCAGCAAGCUGCAAAACACCCCUUCAUCACGGGAGAGAAAUUUACGGGACCUUUCCAGCCCCCUCUCGUGCCUGGGUCUCGCAAGAGCAGCAGUGUCGCUCCUCCCACCCCGGCAGAACCCACUCCACAGACGACGACACCGUCGAAAAAGUAUGGCGGUCUCGUGCAGAGUCCGUCAUCUGGACGAGGAGGCCAGCGGGUCUAUUCCGAUGCGGCGGCAUACAAUCAUCAACUGUCACAACAUCAAUCCUACACUGCUCAGGUUCAAGCUGCCAAUGCCGCGCGUCAUCAGCCAUUCUCUCCAGGGUACGAGGCCACAUCGACACAACCAUCACCGUAUGCCUCGCGAGUGGCUUCUCAGCAAUUCACCAGAUCGGAUCAGACACCUUCAUGGUCGAGCAUGCAGCCGCCGCCCCAGCCAGCCAUGAAUCAGCGGAUCGUAUCGUCUGGACUGCCGACAUCUGCAUCCCACUCGGCUCUGCGCACAAACGCGCCGAUGAUCGCUGCUCAAACGAACCCGCCUCCUAAUUCGUACUACCCGCCAUCCCGAAAUCGCGCCAACACGAUCAAUCAGAUGGAUGCGAUUCCCCCGGCUAUCGCUCGGUUGGCUCACUUUGGCGCACCUGAUCCUUCUGGAACACGUAACCUCACGCCAGUGCUCAAUCGAGACGAUGCGAUACGAGAGUGGGAGAGGCGUCAAGCUGGUCACAGUAGGACGAACAGUAUGGCCAAUGCGUCAUAUCCUCAACUCGAGUACCUUCAAGAACAAGCCGAGCUUGCUGCGAUGGGCGGAGCGGGUCAAGGAUGGAUGUUCCCCGGAGCCUAUACACAAGGAGGCAAUGGACACGGCGGCCACGCCCAUCGACCUAGUCAUUCGCAUUCGCACUCGAUUGGAGGGUCUCAAACGUAUCAGAUGCAGCCUGGGAUCGGGUUGCAGGCAUCGCCAGGCGGUGGGGCUCCGGGAAUGUUGGGAGACUACAGGAGAGAGUACGAGAGUCAACCGAGUUCAGCACCUUCAUCCUCUCGGUCAUACCUUCCUGCGUUUCCGCCCCCCGCAGCAGUGACAUCGAGCCCGCAUGCUGGAUUUGACGGGUUCGAUAAUCGCGAAAGCAAUAUGGCGAUGAUGUAUACUCCCCUACAGGCCGGACAAUAUCAGAGCGGGGUUACGGGAUACGGAGCUGGACACAGCGGGCAUAUGAGUCAUAGUGCUAGGUCGAGCUAUUCGGGGCCUUAUCACGGGACGCCAGGCAAGGCGCAAAAUAACAAUCCGUUCGCCUCGAAUCAUGGACCGAAUCCACCGCCUACGAGCCCGAGGUAUCAGAAACGAAGUGGAGGUGCUGGAGGUGGUGGUGGUGGAGGAGGAGGAGGAGGCUACGGAGCUUAA